AUGUAUAACCGUCCAAGUUCCAAACCUAGAUAUUAAUAAGAGCCUACUCUGGAUUCAAUCAAUCUUAAAGAAAAAUAAUUAUACAUAUAAUCAAGCAGCAUAAAUCCAUUAACAGGGGCCGUCCUGAGACCUGAUUAAUAAUACAAUCAAUCGUAGUAGAAUAAUGCUAAUUUUGAUAAAAAAAUAGCCUUAUAAGCCAGCUCCAUCAAUCCUCUUACUGGUGCUCCUUUAGUCAGAAAUCCAAUUAGUUAUCAAACAGAGUCAAUAUAAUAAAAAAAUACACCCUAUGGUGUCCAAUAAAAUGCAAAUAGCUAUACUACAUCUUCUGGCUAAAUAGGAUCUGGAUCAAAUACUAAUGAUGCCUAAUUUCAAAAGAAUCUGGUUAAAUUUUUUGCAGCUGAUGACCCAAAUCUAGUAUAAUAGAAAUCUCAGUAAAAACCAAAUAAUGCCUUACCAUCAGAUCCUUAAUUUUAAAAGAAUCUUGUUAAAUUUUUUGGUGCUGAUGAUCCCUCUUAACCCCAGAAAUUUAAUAAUCAAAGACAGAUUAAUUCUAGAUCAAACAAUUAAUAUCCAUAAUAAGGAAAUUAGUAAUAUCAAGGAUAAUAGGCAAAAAUAUAAAAUGAUCAAUAAUUUCAACAAAACUUAAAUAAAUUCUUUGCUGCAGAUGAUCCUACUUAAGUUAGAAAAACUCCUUCUAAAAAUUAGUAUCCAAGUCCUAGCCUUAGUCAACAGAAAUACCAACCAUUUAAUGAGGCGCCUCCUGAUCCCAGGUUGGUGAAUGAUCCCAGUUUCUAAAAAAAUCUUAAUAAAUUUUAUGCAGCUGAUGACCCUACUCAACCCAAAAAAUAGGUUUCUAAAUAAUCUCAAUAAUAAUAAUAAAUAAAUGCCAUUGAGAUCCUAGAUUCUAAAAAAAUCUUUAACAAUUUUUUGGAAUAGAUGGAAUAUCUCAGCAAUAAAAGAAUGGCUAAUAGUAAAUCAUUUUCUUAUUAUCUUAGAAAUAUUUAAGACACUUUACAGCAAAAUAAUAAUAAAUCAUCCAAAGUAAUUGCAAUUACUGAUAGCAGUUCAGCAGCAAGAAAUCAAGUAGCUGGUUUCUUUAGAGCAAGAGGUGUAGAAGAUUUUGAUGUAUUUACAAAUCCUGGAGGAGUGUUUGGGUUACAAAAUAAUCCCGUUUAAGAGCAAAGUUUAAAGUAUUACCUUGAUACUAUGAGCAAUGCUUACAUCAUUAAGGAAGUUUAUAUAAUUUCUGUUCUUGACACCAAUAGUAAUGUAAGAAUAUACACGAAUUUGAAUGAUAAAAGGUCUCAUUAAAUAGCAAUCUAAGAUUUAAAGACUGUUUUGGAAAAUAAAUUUAAUGUUUAAUAAAAAUUACAUGGAAUCAUAAUAGAUUAAAGAGGAGCAUCAGAAAAAGCAUUUUGA